GUGCCCGCAGUCACAACAAUUGCAGCAAUGGCGCUCCAUGAGCCAUUAAGUCAGCUAUCGAGGGCUUUGGCCCGUCGUGUCACGCCAUCAAUCUGUUCCCCCUUACCCCCCUUGCGCCGUAAUGCCUCCUCAAACGCACCGACCACUCCUCCCGCUGCGAAUGACUUGGACGAGUUGGGCAGUGACUCCUUUUUUGAAAGCUCAACGAUAGACGGUGAGACAGUCAAGAAAUUCGACCCCAUUUCGAGAAGCAGAACGCGGCGACAGCAGCUACCUCGAAGCCGGUACCAAUAUCGCUCCCCGAAAUACGAUAAAGGCCCUCUUCAUCCUCACAGACCUCCCCCAGAAUGGGACCCUUCAUCCCGCCUCUUUGUCCCAGGCCCCUUCACCAAUUCGCGUGUCGAACAAACUUACGAAUCGACCAUAGCUCCAGACAUUCUCACCCUUUGUUACGUCCACAACCCACCGGGUUUCAAGCCACCACCAAAGCCCGAACGUCUUCGAUCUUGGGAUGAUAGCUCUCCAUAUCACGAGAACAGAUCUCUCCGUGGCCCUAGAGGUGGUGAUGUCCUCCGCCUGCUCCGCAAACCGAUUACUUUCAGAAAUAUCCCGAAACUCGAAAAGAUCACCGUCCACAGUUAUGUAAAACAAGCUGCGACUGACGGGUCGGCUUAUUUGCACGUUGCUGGCAUGGUGCUUCAGGCCAUCACCAAUGUAAGGGCACAGACGCACAAGUCCAGGACCAGUGUACCGAAAUGGGGUAUUGCUCCUGGAAGAUCUCAUGUCGCCGCCACAGUCGAACUCCGUGGGGAGGACAUGUAUCACUUCUUUGGGAAACUCGUGGAUAUUGUAAUGCCGAGAAUCAAGGACUGGAAGGGUGUCAAGGGAAGCAGCGGUGAUAGCAGUGGUAACAUCACCCUUGGGUUUGAGCCGCAUAUGGUAGCCCUAUUCCCUGAAGUUGAGGUGAACUAUGAUAUGUACCCACCCAAAAUGAUUCCAGGUUGUCAUGUCACCAUCCAGACUAGUGCUCGGAUGGAUAAAGAUGCCAGACUACUCCUCAACGCCAUGGGAAUUCCGUUUUAUGGCAAAUAUGUCGAUUAAGAAGGCCCAAGCGUAGCUUACUCGGGCACUUCCCUCAUUUUCUUGGCGGCAACCACAGUUAUAAACCAUAUUUUGUUCCGAGCCUUAAAUGGCCUG